AUGCGAACUUCUUUGGGCGCCAGCCAUCUCGUUACGUGCCAACUAACUAUACGACAGUCAAUCAUGACAUCCCAUGAACUGAAUAGGCCAGGCACAGUGAUCCACAUUAGCCCACCAAGAGCUUUGGUCAUCGGGUUUGAGGACUUGCUUUGUCGUCAGUCAACCCCGAGCACGACAUCACAAUCUCGCUUGCUCAUUUGGAAGAGAUCUCACGCGCCAUCUGGAGCCUACAAGGCCUCUAGUUCGGCUGAUCCUGGAGCACAAUCCCCUCGGUCUUGCACAAUAUAUUCUAGCUCAGUUAGCUCACUUUGCUUCCUCAACGAAUGA